UCAGAACUCCAUGGAAAAUGCAACGGGAACACGAAUAACGGUACGCUACAAUUUUAUGGUGAUGAUAACCGCGUUUACGCCGAAUAGGCUAUGUGUGCCGUGUACGAAUAGAUGCACAUAGCAGCAGAAACACGAGAGGUGUUUGCGAAACGCUACGAAAACGAGCGGUCCACCAUUGUCUGGAUAGAAUUUAGGAUGGCCUGGAUGUGGAAGAAGAAGUCGGUGAUCGUCACCAGCCUGAUAGCGGUGGUGUCGCUGUUCGUGGUGGUGGUCAACUACUCAGAGAAGCCUUACUUCCUCCUGCAGCCUGUCUUCGGCCAGAGCUUCAGCAGCCGCUGGAUGUUCUCCAGACAGCCUCACAAACCUCACCUGGGCUACGUCAGCAUCCCCAAGCAGGAGCCCCUGAAGCUGCACUGCGACGUGUGCAGCAUCGUGUCCAGCUCGGGUCAGAUGCUGAACCGGGCGGCGGGCCCCGACAUCGACCGCUCCUCCUGCAUCUGGCGCAUGAACAACGCGCCCACCCGGGGCUUCGAGCCCGACGUGGGCCGCCGCACCACCCUGAGGGUGGUGUCCCACACCAGCGUGCCCCUCCUGCUGCAGAAGCCCCAGCUCUUCUUCGGCCAGGCCAACGACACGGUGUACGUGGUGUGGGGCCCGCUGAGGAACAUGCGGAAGGACGGGAAGGGCGUGGUGUACAACAUGCUGCGGCAGGCGCUGGGCAACUACCCCGACGCUCGCAUCUACGUCACCACCGAGGACAGGAUGAACUACUGUGACACGGUCUUCAAGAAGGAGACGGGGAAGGACAGGAUUCAGUCAGGGUCCUACCUCAGCACUGGCUGGUUCACCCUCAUCCUGGCCAUGGACAUGUGCAAGGAAAUCCACGUCUACGGCAUGAUCAACGACACCUACUGCAAGACAGAGCACUACAGGAAGGUGCCCUACCAUUACUAUGAGGCGGGAAGCAGGGACGAGUGUGCUGAGUACCUCCUGCAUGAGAGCGCCCCCUACGGAGGGCACCGCUUCAUCACAGAGAAGACCGUGUUUGCCAAGUGGGCCAAGACGCACUCCAUCAAGUUCUACAACCCUUCCUGGCAGCUGUCGUGACCCCUGACCCCUGGCACACACGUGGGUCGACCUGGGUCACUGUCCAGGGCUCUGGCAAUAUCGGAUGACACACUGGCAUCAAGGCAUGUCUCUCUAUACAGUCGAAAUGUGUUAGGAACAAAACAGUGUAUAAAUGAUUACGGUCUCCACUCCACUCCCAUCCUUUACCCUUAAUCCGGACCUUUCCGCGAAUCCCAUCCAUAAGGCAUCCUGCUGUGUUUGGGGUUCGGGGAUUUGGAACCCGGUUCUUGUCCUGCUAGGUUCGCAUUCAGGAAGUGAGGAAGCCCUCUCCUGGUCCUGGAGCUGAAAUGUCAGCAGCCAUGCCCUCUCUCAAAGACGAUCACACUAGUCCCAUCCUACUGGGCAGAUAUGAAUUCAAAACAGUGGAAUGUUUUCUGUACCUCCCCUUAACUCGGUACCGGCAGAUGCUGCGACGUGGUUGUGAGGAUGUCUCCGCGCAAUCAUCCAAUCACACGAGCGCAACGUUUGAUAGGUGGAUGACUCGGUGGAAUUGUGCCGAAAAAGGACAUAUGGGGCCUUUGAUCCAUAGGAUUCCCGGCAUCACCAAUGUUUUGAUGCAGCGUAUAUUUCCUGGGUGAGCCAGACAUUCAUGUCUGAUGUGGGUGUAGUUCGGCCAUCGUAUGGGUAAGAAGCCAGAUAUCCAUGUAAUAACUUUCCUGCUUUGAUGUUCAUCUUGGGUGGAUCUCCUGUCAAGCUAUAAUUGGGUAUAUGUGGCAGACUAGCAUGACUGUACCCUUAAGAAGAAACACAUGAAAACUCCACCAUUGCAAAAUCAAUCAUUGCUUUCCUUUUCACUGCUCUGUUCACCUGUAGAACACCUGAAAAGUGUGGUGUUUUGGGGGUUUUAAUGCUGUGAAAUCGAUUUUGUAACGGAAGCAUGCCUGCGUAAGCUGGAUGUUCCUUGCGGCUAAUAGUAAUUUAUUUUAGAGCACAGACAGCGAGCUUUCUACCGUUCAGUCAUGUGCCAUCUUAAGACAACAGGGCCAUCCUAACGAUACACAGAGAGCGACCGUGCAAUUAAAACCCUGUCCUCUCAGACAGAUGGCAACGCCGAAGCGACCCAGUGAAGAGAUUGCAGCGAAAAAACCGCAUCGAGAGCAAAUUGCUCCCCACUAUCAUGUGUGCCUGCGAUAUGAUGUGCAGAGCUCAUACACACGCGCUCUCAUCUCCUUAUCUAUUCCUGUGCCUAUGUUCAGAGGAUAUCACUGUGUUCCCGCGUGCAUAUCUCCCAGUCAGAGUGACUUCAGACACCUGCAUGCUCUCCAGUUCACGCCUUCACCUCGGUGGGCGACCAUUUUGAACCCCUUGACUGGGUAAAAAAGAAAAAAGGUGCUGAAGCGCAUUAACCAGCAGCCGACACCGUAGCCCGCCUGACUCGGAGUCAGCUUCCUCGUGUGACCUGUCCCCUUGCGGUGGGAUUAGCGAGAGAACCUGCAGAAUACAGAGACAAGAGUGAAACCGCGUGGUAGUGAGCUCUGGUUUUCGGUCGAGUCCCUGACUGAGACCGCUGUGAUUACGGUCAGGUCCUGGAAUGUAGUCUACUGUACCUUACACGCUCAGCAGUCACUCUAUAUCUACACACUGUCUUACUGCGUUGAGUGUGUUCUUACUGCGUGUGUUGGCUGCGUAUCCCUUCUCUUUAUGCAGUCCAUGGCGUGUCGAAGCGAGUAUCGUAGCUGUAGCAAAGCGACACGGAGCUCACAAAGCCGUGAGUGGCACAGCUCUUUUUCUCCAUGUUCCAUCAGCGUGUGAUUGUGAUGACAUCAGCCGGCAGCUCAGUUCAGUGUCCUGCCUGUUCUCCUCUCCUCUGCUGCUCUGCCGUAGCAAACCAAGCUCACCACCAGGACACUCACUGGCAGUCACAACGAGCCACUGUGCCCAGCAGGGCACUCAACGCUGCGCCGGGUCAACUUUGUGGUGCCACACUUCUGAGCACUGUGAUGGAGGAGCACAGUUGUUUGCAUGAUGUUCUCUACCACUGCCCCCCCCACCCCGCCCAUGUCCACAGACUGCAGUGUAGCCGUCCGCUGUUCCUUCCAGCGUUCGAAUAGCGUCUGAGGUCUAUGGGGGUAGCGGGAGUGACACUAAUAGCAUUUUCUCCUGGUUUUCAUCUGUCCCGUAUCUCUUAUGGGCAGGUCCCCCCCUCCCCACAGUGGUUCCAUCCCUCCUGAGACGUGCACAGACGCAGCUCACUGUAGAACCCAGAGCACUGUGGCUCACACAGGUCCUGGGGGCAGGACGGACCCUCCCAGGGCCUCAUGCAGCCGUCCACUGCUACAAAACAGGGCAGGCACACUCCACAAGGCAGACAUGUAGAGCCCUCCAAGUAGCCGAGGCCCCAAGGGUCUCCCGCGGAAACACUUGGUGCCCUUUAGAUCGUUUCAACGUCCCAGCUCAAAUUGGGCACUGUGAUGUGUGGUGGUAAUGGUGAUUAUCAUCCAUUUCAAAGGGAGCGGUUCAGAUUUGAGAUUUGUGUAUCUUCGCAACGCGCCUCCCUCUCCACUCAUUUCAAAUUGCCAUUAGUCGGUUUACAUAAGUGCUUUUUAUGUUUGCUAAUAAACAGGCAGAACAAUUUGAUGAUUUGUUGUGGUGAAGCACUUUUCCUUUUUCACAUGAAGUGUCCUUGCUAAGAUAAUUUCUUUGUAGUGAAUUUGUGGAAUGGAUAAUGAGGAAUUUGGAAUUCCCUAAAUGGAAUUAGGUUAUAUUUACCACACACCUUUGUCAGUGGCAAAUAUGCUUCACAUUUUUUCCAUAUAAAUAACGCAAAAUAUGUAGUGUUUGUUAUUGUAGAUGGCUGUUCAUUCUGUGGUUGUUUGCUUUUUGGUGAUUCUUUCUUAUUUUGUUUGACACUCCUUGAACUUUGAUUGUUUCGUUUUUUCUUCUGGUGUUUUUGGAUUAAACUGGACAGGACGGUUGCUUAAAAACAAGAUUAACUCCUUAUGUGUCUUAUGAUAGUCAAUAAUAUUAUCUGUUAACAAUUUGUCAUAUUAGUUGUAAUAUGCAAUGUUGGUCAAGGCUUAUUUAUUGUUAAGGUCUCUUAUUAUCACUUUUCACAUGAGAUGACACUUAAUGUUUCAGAACGUAUUAAAGCAUCAGUAAUGAAAAGCAAAGAUUUCUCCCACACACUGAGAAAAGUUGAUUUUUCAGUGUUUUCUUUGCAUGAACAUCCUUUGUUGAUACAGUAUUAGAAAACUGCAAUGUCAACAUGUAUAAGUGCUUUCAGUCUAAUAAAUACAUAACAAUCAGAUGAAAGAUAGGAAGUGAACCCAUUCAACUCAAUGCAGCAUAUUGUUGAAUGCAAGAGUCAUUUUGAGAGACAUUUUGACAGUACUUCUCUGUAAAAACAUAUUGUUCCUAAUAUCUCAAUUCCAGCCAUGAAAGCUGGAGGUGCAUGCUUUGUUUCCGCACACUUUAUUUUAAUUAUGAAAAAUGAAUCAGCACUGCCAUGCAGUUGCUGAUAGAAUGCCAAGUCUCGCCUUUGUAGCAUUUAUCAAAAUGUUCUACAUCAUAGGAUCGUUGUGGGUUAGCUAAUGACAUCUCCCCAUUGGAAAGCAAACUUGUUUAUUUUGGAUGCUCUUUACCUUGUUUCACAAACAAUGACACCCAUUUUUCUCCAUGCUUGUCCCUCCCUACCCUUGCAACAUCAUAUUCGCAUCCAAACAUUUCACAGUACCCACUGCACACAUUAGGUUAUCUCCCCCAUUCCUUUCCCAUAUGUCUAAUUGUAUUGCUCAAGGUAUAGUUCAGUCGUGUUCUACAGAAACCAACACGUCAAGUGCACUUCGCCGACCCAGUAGGUCAUUUUACACUGCUGGAAAAAAAGCCACAUCAAAUCAAAAGGCUCUUUUGUCAGGAUUGUGAAUAUCCCGACAGCGAGGAAACUUCACAUCUGAUGUAUGACCUAAUAAGUACAUUGCUGCGAGCGUCACUCUGCCCCUUGUUCAGGGGUGAGGAAUGCUCCUGGAGCCUGUCGAGUAAUGAAUGACUGGCCAUUUACACUAGCAUAUACAACAACAGAAGGGCUGGCGAAUUGUUUGGUUCAAGAAAGCCUCUCCCAUCUGCUAGACUUUAUACCAACAUCCCUUUCGUUAAUAGUUAUUUUGGAAGUGUUACCCUUUCAUCUGCAGUAGAUCUCUGUCCACAGUGGUCUUGUGCAACUGGAAGACUCUGUUUCCAGGAAAUCGUCCUGAGAGGACUUCAAUUUUUUGCGUUGGGCCGUUUUCUAGUGGACCUGUAAAAGUCUUUAUGUUUUACUUCCAUUUCCCUACAGAGGACACGUUGAGAUGAAAAGUAUUUGGAAAUUAAUCUGUCUUAAGAGAAGCAAAAACUAACAUUCAAAAUUACAUUGUAUAUAUCUCCACAUGUAAGCCCUGUCUGGGCAGAUGGUCGGAUCAUCCCAUACUGCAGGCAUUAAGAUUCUGCUCAUUCUUAGAUGACAAGAACAGCUGGUAGUGACCAUCACCAACAUGGUGAAGGAGAAAAAAUUCAGAUAACGGUGCUUCUUGGCUUUGUGAGUGUCACUGCACAUACACUUUAAUGGUUGAAAACCUUCCUUUUUUAUGCCAAACGUAUUUCAAUUGCGAGGUGAAAAGAUGAAUGCAGUAUUUUUCACAUACGCGCGUUUACAUUUGAACUGUGAUCAACUGUAAAUCUAUACUUGUUCCUGUGCCCAUGUACUGUGGUUAUACUUAACUGAACUAUGGUUCCCAUUAUUGUUUUGUUAUUCCUAAUUUUCUAUAGUUUUGCUUCUGUGCUGUUUUUGUAAUCCAUAAACACCUACAUCUGUAUAAAAGUUUAUUUAAAUUAAAUAUUGUUUUGUACUCUCUGUCUGAAAGUUGUUUUUAAUAAACAAUUGAA